AGCAGAGCUUUCGCUUGAGCCGUCGCGAGGCCUGGAACUGUGAGGAACCGGGUGCAGAGCGAUGAACUCUCUAGAGCAAGCCGAAGAUCUGAAGGCUUUUGAGAGGAGACUAACCGAGUAUGUAUCCUGUCUGCAGCCAGCUACAGGCCGGUGGCGAAUGAUUUUGAUCGUGGUGUCAGUUUGCACAGCGACCGGAGCUUGGAACUGGUUAAUAGACCCAGACACUCAAAAGGUGUCCUUCUUUUCGUCUUUAUGGAAUCAUCCGUUUUUCACCAUCAGCUGCAUCACUCUCAUCGGCCUGUUCUUUGCUGGAAUACACAAACGCGUCGUCGCACCAUCGAUUAUCGCUGCACGCUGCCGGACAGUGCUAGCAGAAUACAACAUGUCCUGUGAUGACACGGGGAAACUUAUCCUAAAGCCACGGCCUCACAUCCAGUAGCUGAUCUGGAGCUGAAUGUGUGGUGUUUUUGUUGUUUUGUUUUUUUCUUCCAUUCUUUUUUUUUUGCUUUUUUUUCCCCCUUCCAGUUUUGUUGAAUGACUGCUACCGUCUUUUUAAAAAGCCUCUCCCCCCACCCACACACACACACACACACACACACACCACAGUUUUACUUUACACCGUACAUGAAGUGUCUGUAUUUCUAAUGCUGUUCUUUUAUUGUGUACCCUGUGGAAAGUGUUUGCUAUUUUAAGCAAACAGCUUAACACGGUAAUUAUUAAAUACGCAGAUCUCUUAAUACGAGAACUUUAUACAUCUGAAAGAGACUCGGUUGCGAUCGGGAGGUUUUGUACCAUCGAUAUCGUUAAAAAGCUACGCCCUUACAGAUAAAGAGUCUUUUUUUAAAUUGUAGAUUUGAUUUUAUGCAUGUAUACAGUAUUUAAAACCAGAUGUGCUGCUUUGUUUUCUAUAUUUGUAGGUUUUGAAAGAACAUUUCUGAUAUCAAUAAUAAAACGGCUUCCUUUUUUUUUGUGACGAUGUUCGAGAGA